UUUUUUUUUUUCUCUGAGUAUUUUUCUUUCUUCUUUUAUUUUAUUUCCCCGCGUGCGUGCGAGACAGAAAUGUUUGCAGAAUUGCUGUGCAGCGCCGUGGCUCUGGUCCUGUAUGUCAACACUCUGGGCGCCGAUUUCUGCUACGAUGACAGCCGUGCAAUCAAGACAAACCAGGACCUGCUUCCAGAGACCCCGUGGACAAAUAUCUUUUACGAUGACUUCUGGGGCACCUUGCUCACACACAGUGGCAGCCAUAAGUCUUACCGGCCCCUCUGCACCCUCUCCUUCCGCCUCAACCACGCUGUGGGUGGGCUGGAGCCCUGGGGUUACCACCUGGUUAACGUGGCUCUCCACGGGGCUGUGACAGGCCUGUUUACCUCCCUGGCUCGCCUGCUGCUUGGAAGAGGCCUGUGGAGCCUGCUGGCCGGCCUGCUAUUCGCAUCUCACCCCAUACACACCGAGGCGGUGGCGGGCGUGGUGGGCCGUGCGGAUGAAGGGGCUGCCCUGUUCUUCUUGCUGUCACUGCUGUGCUACAUGCGUCACUGUAGGCUGCGGGGCCACGCCGGGCCCUGGCGGCUCGUGGCCUGGUUCCUGGGCAGCCUGGGCUGCGCUGCAUGCAGCAUGCUGUGGAAGGAGCUCGGAGUGACCGUCCUGGCUGUGUCGGCGCUGUACGACGUCUGCGUUUUCCACAAGCUCAAGUUGCGACAGGUCAUCAUGCUCCUCUACAAGAGAAAGAACGUCCACCUGUUGCAGAAUGUGUUUUUGCUGGCAGCCUGGGGAGCCGUCCUGUUAGCCUGCCGCUUCUACUGGAUGGGUAACAAACCCCCCAACUUCUCCAACUCCGACAACCCGGCAGCCGACUCCCCCUCGCUCCUCACCAGGAUGCUAACCUUCUCCUACCUGCCUGCUGUCAACUUUUGGCUUCUCCUUUGCCCGUACACGCUCAGCUUUGAUUGGUCAAUGGACGCCCUGCCUUUGAUCAGGAGCCUUGCGGAUUGGAGGAACUUUCACACAGUAGUCUUCUACCUUGGAUUGCUCUUGCUGGCUUGGUUCGGCCUGUGGACGAACCAGACUGCUAAGGGCAAGGAGACCAAUGGCAAAGUGCAUCAUUACACCAAUGGCAGAAACGGGAACAGUAAUGGACACAGUUACCACUAUAACAAUCAUGACCAUAAGAACAAUUCCCACAUAGACUCUCACAUUAAUAAUGGACAGAAUGGUACCAAUAAGCACUAUGAGAGCAGGACUCCUCUGCCCACCACUGAAACUAUUGUGGUGUUCUCUCUAGGCCUGUUGGCUAUCCCUUUUCUCCCUGCCACAAACUUGUUUUUCUAUGUGGGUUUUGUGAUAGCAGAGAGAGUAUUGUACAUUCCCAGCAUGGGCUUUUGCCUGCUGGUUGCAGUGGGGAUGAGGUCUCUGUACGUCCGUCUGCGACGCAGGUCCUCCAGGGCGAUGUUGGUGUACUGCAGCGCUGCCGUGGUUCUUCUCUUCAGUGUCAAAACUGUUUUAAGGAACAAGGACUGGCAGAAUGAGGAGAUGCUCUACAAGUCAGGGAUUUAUGUCAAUCCUGCUAAAGCAUGGGGUAACCUUGGAAACGUCCUGAAGAGCCAGGGCGAGAUGGAGGGAGCUGAACAGGCGUACAGAAAUGCCCUUUAUUACCGCAGCAACAUGGCGGACAUGCUGUACAACCUCGGUUUGCUGCUACAGGAGAGCAACAAGUUCUCUGAGGCACUCCACUACUAUAAGCUGGCCAUUGGGAGUCGGCCAACUCUGGCUUCGGCCUACUUGAAUACGGGCAUCAUCCUGAUGAAUCAGGGUCGCCUAGAUGAGUCCAAGCGCACCUUUCUGACCUGCGCUGACAUCCCGGACGAGAACCUGAAGGACCCCCACGCCCACAAGAGCUCCGUCACCAGCUGCUUGUACAACCUGGGCAAGCUGCUCCAUGAACAGGGACACCAGGAGGAGGCCCUCACAGUGUUUAAAGAAGCAAUACAGAAAAUGCCAAGACAAUUUGCACCACAGAGCCUCUACAACAUGAUGGGAGAGGCCUACAUAAGACUGAACAAGCUGACUGAUGCUGAACACUGGUACAGAGAGUCCCUGCGAGCCAAGCCGGACCACAUUCCUGCACACCUCACCUACGGCAAACUCCUGGCUAUGACGGGACAGAAAACAGAAGCGGAGAGGUACUUCCUGAAGGCCAUCCAACUUGAUCCCACAAAAGGCAACUGCUACAUGCAUUAUGGUCAGUUUUUGUUGGAAGAGUCCCGGCUGUUGGAAGCAGCGGAGAUGGCAGAGAAAGCCGCGCGCCUCGACAGCGGGGAGUUUGACGUGGUCUUCAGUGCAGCCCACAUGCUCAGACAAGCCAACCUUAACGAAGCGGCCGAGAAGUAUUACGGACAAGCGGCGAGCCUCAGACCCAACUAUCCCGCCGCCUUGAUGAACCUGGGGGCCAUCCUCCACCUCAACGGGAAGCUGCAAGAAGCUGAAGCCAAUUACCUCCGAGCACUUCAACUAAAACCGGAUGACACCAUCACUCAGUCCAACUUGCGUAAGCUGUGGAACAUAAUGGAGAAACAGGGCCUGAGGACCAGCAGCCCCUGAGCUCGCUCUGCCCACCUAUGCCUGCCAUCUGUACGCCAGACCUGGGGGGAAAGGACGGCACACUCCUCUUUUUAUCCAGGAAUGAUGGGAGAAACUCAGGGAGGAUGUUUGCCUAGAGAGGCCAUGACUGUGCUGCGUUGCCCGCCUAAUAACUCCUGAGCUCUGCAUACACCUCAGGCCAGCAGCUUUCUGAGAAGCAUUGCUCACAGUUUGGCAGGCGCUGCGUGGUAUUUGGACUCUUUAGAACUCUCCCCAGUACCACGUUGUUUUUUUAGUUUUUUUUUUAGUUUUUUUUUUUUAUUUCUUUUAUAACUAGAGCACUUGAAUUAGAAAUGAGACCAUAGGUACAUCCUUCAGCAUUUGUGAUGAAUUAGGUUUUGUUUUUUUUAAAUAAGCAAUUACAGUUGAAAGGGGUGACAUUUGUCCCCAAGCAGUUUUGAGAUGAAGAGAGAAAAGAAUCUCACAGCACUGCACUGAGGGUAUUUUCCAUCCCCAUUUAUUAAAGUUCUUGGUUUGAUCUGAUGUUCCAUCUUGAUAAUGACAAAAA